UAAAAACAGAAAUUUAACUGAAGUUCUGCUGCAUUAGCAUAAGGUAAGGCUACUGUUCCCUCUCUCUCUUUCUUUUGCAAAAUAAUUGUCAGUAUUUACAGUAUCUUUACAAUAAUAGUUUUCCUUAGAGUGUGCAAUUACGACCGUUAUAAACAGCAUAAUGGACACUGAUGAUAAGACCUACAGAAAAGCACCACAAUUUGUAACAUCCACAGAAAACACUCCCUGCUCCUCCCUGUGAGCUCAGCAUUGUGAACUGUAAUGCCUUUUAACCUUCUCAUUAUCUCUUCCCUGCAUGCACACACACACACAGGUUUGCAAACAUACACAGACAGUGAAGCAGUAAAUAUGUCUUUUCUCAAUUCAUUUCAUCUUGAGCUAUUUUCAGAUAAACUGUUGUUCACUAAUUUAAAUAUAGCUGUCACAAUUAGCAAAUUAAAACCAUUUAACUUGAAAGUUCAGAAUAGCUUUUCAUCUGUAGCAUUAAAUUGCAUUGUGGAAAAUGAUUAGUAAGCAAUAUUAAUAAACACACAUAAUGUGCCUUUGCAUAAAAUACAUGGAUAUUAAAAAGAACAUUUGCUGCAUGCAGAGCAGCUACUAAUCUUGCAUGGCUAUACGGUGUGUGUACAUGCAUGUGGGCUCUGUUGACUCCUGUCAGUUUGUUGUUACUAUCAAUGGCUCUGAACUUCUGCCCUGGCACUGGCAUGAACACAAAUCAAAUGUUCACUUUGGCUUUUUAACAAGACUAUCACUUAUUUGGGAAGGGAUUGCUUUGGGCAGGUGACUUGAAAGAAAAUUUUCAAACACUAUAUUACACGGAGUGCAUUUAAAUGCCACUUCACAUGUAAUUACUGUAAUGUUGACAUGGCUUUCUGGAACUAGUUAGGAGCCUUUUAGUGGAUUGUGGACAUGGAAAAGGAAUUAAAUCUGUGUUUACUGCUCUAACACUUUAUACUACAUGACAAUAAUAAUUUAAAUUAGAAUAUUGGGAAAAUCUCUAAUCAGUGAAUGUCAAUAAUAUAGAAAUGAUCUUAAAAUAACUCUCCUACCUGGUAUCUGGCAGAUUGUGAAUUCUUACAUAGCAUAUGUGAGAUGGAAGGACAAUCACAGAGAUUUUUGUCAACAAGAACUAAAGCAGCACUGACCCAGUGUUUUCUAAUGGCAGGAUCACAUUCCCUAUGCUCUCUCUCUCUCUCUCUCUCUCUCUCAACACACUCAACCUAUUUUGGGGGCAGCAGUCAUAUCUCAGUUGCUCAACAAAAUAUGGGAUUACAUUACAAUCGGGCUCAGCUUACUGUGAAAUACUUUUAAAAUUAACAAAUUAACCUUCGAGAUGGCGAUGCUACUGUGCACACACUUUCCAUUUAGUUAAUUGUGAUUAAAUAAUUAACUCUUUCAUGAUUUAUAGCAGAAGGGGUAUUUGACUGUCAUACAUUCAGUCAGUUCCUAAAAAGCUGAUGCCCAAAGCUAAGCUUGACAGUGAAAAAAAUGUUCCACCGCUUCUGUCUAUUUAUACCCCUCACCCUGAGUCUUAUUUUGGACAUUGUUUCUCAGUAAACUCUUUCAUUACACCAUGACUGGCUGUUUUCACAGACUUCUCAAAUAACUGGACAUGAUCAUAACAUGGCUGCAAUCAAAACGCCCUCUCGAGUGCAGAUAUCCCAUUAUCACCUCACACUCUUCUGUCAUCCUUGGGUUCAUAUUAUUUGAUCUGCACAGAUACCAUCUCCUGAAUGUAAAGUGAAAUUAAUUUUCUUCUGAGGAGUGGUGCUUAUUUGAGAACGCGCAGUGUGCAUGCUCAACGCAACACAGCGUAACACGGGAUAUGCCUUCGGGAGCUGAGGUAUUAACACUUAUUUCUGAGGUUAAGAUGAGGUAGCUUUCCUGAGACGUAGGAGGGGCUUGAGGUUCUGCCUUAUCAUCCAAGCACAGUGAUUAAGAAUGGCUACCAGACGUGCACAUGCUGAGGAUGACCUUUCCUGUCCGAUUUGUGGACACGUUCUGAGGCAGCCAGUGGUACUGACAUGCAGACACAGAUUUUGUAAAGCCUGUCUGACAGACAGCUGGGACACACAAGGCAGUGGGGAGUCACACUUCUGUCCUCUGUGCUGGCGCCGUUCCUCCAUGGAUCAAAUAGUGGUGAGCUCUGUGCUGGCUAAGGCCUGUGAAUCCUUCAAGGAAGACAGGAGCAAGAAUGACCCAGACGCUUGUAAAGAACAUGGAGAAAAGCUUACACUCUUCUGUUUGGAGGACUUGGAGCCCAUCUGUGCUGUGUGUGGGAAGGCAGCUGCACACAUUGGGCACAGGCUCUAUCCCGUUGGGGAAGGUGCUCAUGACUGUAAGGAGGAGCUGAAGAGUGCACUCGUGCCUUUGAAGGAGAAGUUGCAGCUGUACAAGAAAGCGAAAAUGGUCUGUGAGGAAAUGGCAGAACAUGUCAAGAACCAAGCUGAACACACUGAAGCACAGAUCAAAGAGGAAUUUGAAGCUCUUCACCAUUUCCUGAAAGAGCAGGAGGCUGCCAGACUUUCUGCAUUAAAGGCUGAGGAGGAUCAGAAGAAUGUGACUAUUAACCAAAACAUCGAGGAGAUGAGCAAUGAAGUGACUUCUCUUUCUAACACCAUCAGACUAGUGGAGCAGGAGAUGCAAAGUCAAGAUAUCCCAUUUCUGAAGAAUUACAAGGAAACUAUAAGGAGAACCUGGAGACGUUCCCUUGAUCCAGAAAUGAUCUCCGGUGCUCUGAUUGAUGUGGCCAAGCACUUGGGGUCUCUGAAAUAUAAAGUGUGGGAGAAGAUGAAGAGUGUAGUAAAAUACAAUCCGGUGGUUCUGGAUCCCAACACAGCAGCUAGCUGCUUCAUCCUCUCUGAGAAUCUCACAGUAGUGCAGAACUCUAGCCAGAUUUUCAAGCUACCAGACAACCCAGAACGCUUUGACAUCAGCGCUGAGAUGCUGGGUGCAGAGGGCUACUCCUCUGGACGCCAUAGCUGGGAUGUUGAAGUUAACGACAACACCUACUGGGUGGUGGGAGUAGCCAGCGAGUCCAUCAACAGGAAGGGGAAGCAUGUGCUAACACCAGCAGAGGGAUUCUGGACUAUAAGGUUUCGCAAUGGAGAGCAUAAGGCCUGCACAGCGCCAUGGGAGCCGCUCAACAUGACCAAGAAGCCUGAAGUGAUAAGAGUAGUUUUAGACAUGGACAGAGGGAAGGUGACCUUUUACGACCCCGGAGAAAGAACACCACUUUACACCUUCACAGGUAUCAUCACACCCAGAGCCUUUCCCUACUUUUGUACGGCUUGCAAAGAGCAUCCACUGAAAGUCCUACCCACAAGGAUAUCCCUAUCAACGGACCAUUAAGUCACCUUGGAGACAAAUUUGUUUGAAAUGAACGGUUUCUGAAGAUUGUGAAGAUUUUAUCAGCUUUCUUUUGCAAGAGAUGAUAAUGGGGUUGCACAGUCAAGCUACAGCAAGGCAUUGCCAUUACAGCUAAAAAAAAAAGAAAAAAAAGUCACCUCUAAUGUGUUUUUAAUGAAUGACAUGAGCCAAACACAUUUUAAAAUAUUUAAUCUGCGUUACAUCAAAACAAAUGUAAUCUGAGAGGUCUGGGAUUGUAAAUAUCUUCACAAUCCUGAAACGCCUAUACACGGAUAAGAUUUGUUACAUGAAUGACUGUCAUUAUGUGUGACUCAGCUUAGCAUGAUGCAGGAUCAAUACUGUGAUUCCCACAUUCAUUUGAACGCCUUCCUGAAAAAAAAAAACUAUAAAAAAAAUGAAACUGAUUGGAAUUUUCAUAAAAGGCACAUACAGUAAUGUCUGUGUAUUUGCCAACCCCUGCCUGUGAGGUUCAUACCUGACAAGUGGGAUUUGUUUUUCAUUGCAUUAAAAACUUUAAAGAUUUAA